AUGCGCUUUCAGACACUCCCAGCCCUGGCCCUGGCCCUAAUAAACCUCACCACCGCAGGCGCCACAUCAAUAAACGACUUUUCCUGCCGCUCCGGGAACAACAGCAACCCCAUUGUUUUCCUCCACGGCCUUGGUGCAACCUACUAUGAAGACCUGAACCUGCUGCAAGCCUUCCUCCAAAACCAAGGCUACUGCACCUACGCCCAAACCUACGGCGCAUACGAUGGGUUCCCCUUUGUUGGCGGUCUGCGGCCCAUCGCCGACUCCGCAUCUGAAAUAGCGGCCUAUAUCAGGGAAGUGCACGAGCAGACGGGCGCAGAUAAAGUCGAUAUAGUAGGACACUCCGAAGGCGGAAUGCAAGCCCUAUAUGUGCCGAAAUUCGAGGACGGGAUUGCCGAGAUCGUAGAAAGGAUUGUUGCUAUUGCACCACCGACGCGCGGAACUACAUUCAUUGGGCUGUAUAACCUAGCUUACAUCCUUGGCGAUGCGUCGAGAGUGCUCGUUAGCCAGCUACUACAUCUUUUCGGUUGCCCUGCCUGCGAUGAUUUAGGGCCUGACGGGGCGGCUGUGGAGCGGCUGAAUGACGGGACGCCGAUUGUCCAGAGUGGAACAAGGCUGACGGUUAUUGCGUCGAAGUUCGAUGAGAUGGUUACGCCGACCUCGACGUCGUUUGUGCAUGAAGAGGGGGUGCAGAAUGUCUGGGUGCAGGAUUUUUGCCCCAACGAUCCCGUGGGUCAUAUUGGCGAGGCAUAUGAUUUGAAUGUGUGGAAUAUUGUCAAAAACGCGCUGGAGGAUCAGAUUGACAGGAGCUUUCCUUGUUCGAUUGGAUCACCGGGGAAGUAA